UGUCAAAGAAGUACACAAGUCAAGAACAAUGUCUCGCUUCAGUCUUCUCGUUCUCUGCGUCAUGGCUUGCCUCAUCCAGAUGGCUUUAAGCCAGAUUUGCGGUUGCAACCAACUGGCCUACAGCAGCGGCUCGUACGGCGGUACCGGCAUCGGUCAGGUGGGCGUGUCCGGCGACAUCGGCGCGAGCGGCCAGACCGCCGUCGUCGGCUCCGUGCCCGUGCUCGGCUCCGUUGACUUCGGUGGCACGGUCGCCGCGUCCGGCUCCGUGUCCAUCUCCGGACAGUGCGGAUGCGGAUGCAACUAAAUUUACUAUAAUGACCUUUUUUAUUGAUUAAACAAUUAUUUCUAA